AUGGAGACCAGGAAGAGAUUUGUGUGUGCUAGAUUUUACGUAGUGUGCAGUUGUAUGUUGUGGCUUAUCGGCAAUAGGAAUGUUGCGGCUCUUUCGAUCACUGUGACUGAAUUGGAAUGCGUCUCGGAGCAAGUUUUGUACGAGGGAGACACCAUUUCUGGGAAUUUUGUUGCCAUUGAUCAUGAUAUCUUCUGGAGCCAUGAUCAUCCCGGUAUCGAAUUCACCGUGACAUCUCCGGGAGGCAGUACAGUAUUUUCUCUCAAAGGAACAUCCGGCGAUAAGUUUGAACUCAAGGCGCCACAAAAAGGAAUCUACAAGUUCUGUUUCCGCAAUCCGUCUUCGUCUCCGGAGACUGUAUCUUUCUACAUACAUGUUGGUCACAUUCCAAAUGAGCUUGACUUGGCCCAAGAUGAACAUAUGGACCCUCUAAACAUUAAGAUUGCAGAGCUGAGGGAGGCAUUGGAGUCUAUCACAGCAGAGCAGAAGUACCUUAAAGCCCGGGAUGCGAGGCAUCGAUACACAAAUGUUGGCACCAAGAAACGUGUUAUAUACUUUACACUAGCAGAGUACCUUCUCUUUGCUGUUGCAAGCGCUCUUCAAGUGGUGUACAUCCGUAAUCUGUUCAGCAAGACAGUUGGUUACAACAGAGUCUGA